AUGAGAUUGGGUUCCUUAUUAUUAGUAUUGACAUCAUGUUUCGUGGGAAAAGCACUUGGUCAACAAGUAGAAGAAGAGGUUGCUCCAUUGGAAAAUUUCAAAUUGGAAGAUAAAUCGAUUGAGUCAGAACAAACAGUUGAAGAAGGACCACAGACAAUCAACUUUGAUAUUCAAUGGGAAAUUUUGAAUAGUGAUGAGGAUGGUUUGACUGCUCCUAUGGAAUUUUACAAUAAGGAUCGAGCCCUUUUAAGCUAUAAUUUCACUAACUUUGAAGACUUCAAUGUUAGCAUCAUUGGUGUUAGUGGAUCUAUUAUUGACGCUAGAACCAGACAACAAGUUGCCAAUAUCACAGCAGCCUCUAUUGAAAAAGUUUUUGCUCCUAUCAACGAAAGUGUCUCCUUUAAUCAAGAAUUAGAAUUUAAUUUACCAGAAGGUUUAUUUUACAUUCUACCUGGUAUUCAUGUUGAAGAUCAAACCGGUGAUGAAAAAGUUGUUAGUGUCCAACCAAAAAUCGUUAGAAUAGAACCUGAGCUAAUUUCCAUUUUUAAUAUCCAAUUUUUAACUGCUUUUGUCACUUUUCUUGCUAUGAUUUACGGUGGUUAUUAUUUUUUGGUUGUUAAGGCUGAGCCAUCUGUUGAUAAGAGACAAUUGAAGGAAAAGUCUAGAAACAUUAAAGUUGAUCAAUCAUGGUUGCCUCAAGAAUACAAGAAAUAG